AGGGACUGAGCCAUUCACUGGGGGGACUGGUCUAACCGCAUUCCGCCUCCCAGGAUAAAACCUGGGGUGACCUGCAGGGAACUCUGAACACUCCUGGCAGCCAGCGGCCAGCGCAGCUUGUCUGGCUGUAACCCCACCCCCACCUGCCAUGUACAUUUCCAGACCCCCCCCAGCCCUGGGUGGGGGCUGUCUCAGGAUCUUAACCUCCCUGCUGCUUCUGGCUUCUACUGCCUCCCUCAAUGCUGCCAAGACACCUGACUGUGGGAAGCCCCAGCAGCUGAACCGGAUUGUGGGUGGUGAAGACAGCGCAGACUCCGAGUGGCCCUGGGUUGUAAGCAUCCAGAAGAACGGAACCCACCACUGUGCUGGCUCCCUGCUCACCAACCGCUGGGUGGUGACUGCUGCCCACUGUUUCAAGGGCACUCUGAACAAGCCACUCCAGUUCUCUGUGCUGCUGGGCGUCUGGCAGCUGGGGAACCCUGGCCAGCGGUCCCAGGAGGUGGGCAUCGCCUGGGUGUAUCCACAUCCUGUGUACUCGUGGAGGGAGGGCUCCCGUGCGGAUAUUGCCCUGGUGCGCCUCGAGCAUCCCAUCCAGUUCUCUGAGCGAAUCCUACCCAUCUGCCUGCCUGAUUUUUCGGUCCAUCUCCGUCCGAACACCAACUGCUGGAUUGCAGGCUGGGGCAGCGUCCAUGAUGGAGUACCCCUGUCCCACCCUCAGACCCUGCAGAAGUUGAAGGUUCCCAUCAUCGACUCAGAAGUCUGUGGCCGCCUGUAUUGGCGGGGAGCUGGGCAGGAAGCCAUCACCGAGGACAUGCUGUGCGCUGGCUACCUGGAAGGGGAGCGGGAUGCCUGUCUGGGCGACUCCGGAGGCCCCCUGAUGUGCAACGUUGAGGACACCUGGCUGCUGGCGGGGAUCAUCAGCUGGGGUGAGGGCUGUGCGGAGCGCAACAGGCCGGGUGUCUACAUCAGCCUGACCGCCCAUCGCUCCUGGGUGCAGAGAAUCGUGCAAGGCGUGCAGUUUCACGGACACUCGCAGGGGAGCGGGCCGAAAGGGUUAAGGAUCGGAGGACACAGAGCGGCGCGAGGCGCCCCAGUCGCCUGACCACGUGCUUUUCUCCAUUGUAAUUAAGCCAUCUACCUCUGGGGGGCCCCCGCGUGCCGGCGCCGGGUCGCCUUCCCCGAGUUCCGCCCCCGGGCUCAGGCUCCACUUACCGGGCCCGGAGAGCCUUUGUGUAUAUACAUGUUAAUGAUUUUUACAGUUAUUUGCAACCCUGCCUGCAAAUCUUAUUUA